AUAUUUUUUUCAAGAAAUUUCAAUCAUAAUUGUUUUACAAUGUUUUCAUUAAAACUUUACAAGUUUGGCAUUUUAUUAUUUCAUAUGAUUUUAUAUACAAAAGCAGAAAAAGGUUUAAAAAAAUCAUUAAUUCAGUUAGAUACAUUACUAAUGUUUUCGGGAUGGAAAAAUUUAAAUGAUUUGAUCUUUAUAAACUAUUACAGUAGUUAUCAUUAUCCUCAUACUCUGAUUGAAAUACCUACACAUAUCGAUAAAUGCAAUCAAAAAGUAAGAGCCUUGACUAUAUAUCUUGGAUGUACAUAUGCAAAAGUUAUGAAUAAUCUUUUUUCAGUUAUUAGCAACGUUAUACAAAAUUGUGAAAAUAUAAUUAAAGAAGAGAAACGCUUAAUAAAUGGAUACAUUUGCACAGAAAAAUUCGUAAGCAUAAUAUCCAAAGUAGUUGUUCCAAUGACCACAUUGAUGAAAGGAGCCAUGGACGCUCUAGAUUUAUUGCAUAAAAGACCAUGGGUUACUAUUGAUAAACCACCCUAUAUAUUCAGCUCUUUAUUUGAGAGAAUAGAAAAUAUCCUUAACCAAUUAAACAAACUAACUUUAACUCGUUAUAAUAUAUCUUCAUACUUGGAGGCAUUAAAAUAUAUAUAUUCAUUUUCUGAAAAAGUAAUAUUUGAUAUAAACAAUGAAUCUACAUUGUAUUGUAAUUUUGUAACUUAUGAUAUAAAUUAUUUAUGGAACAAAUGGGUUCAAGAGCAUAAAGUCAUCAUUGGACAAAGUGAAAAAUUAGUAUUUUUAGAAUUCAUAAGUAGAAAAAUUAAGGGUUAUGUCAGUACAGUAAUUAAAGAAAAGUAUUUUAAACUCGGAUUUAAAUUUGAUCCAAUCACUGAAGAAACAUUUAUACCAAUACCGCAGGAGCUAAUUGAACUAGAAUUAGAAUUUAAAGUAACAGAUGCAACAUAACCUCCAACGCCAAUACAAGUAGAAAAUCAAUAAGUGUUUAUUAUUUAUAUUUAUACUUUAUAACUAAUCAAAAUUAAAUAAUUAUUUCAUAAAUCUUUGAAUAAUAAUUAUUCAAUGAUAUUAAUAAUUAUUAUUAAAACAAUAAUUUGAUUCGUAUUUUAGUUUGUUAUCCCUUAUAAUAUUAGUAUAUAGUAUGAUCACAGAUAAAAAAAUAAAAUGGUGCACUUUUUGAUUUAUUGAUAACUUUAGAUUUACCCGAACCUACCUGAAAUCAGUGACACAACGCCUUAUUGUCGUGGUGUAAAAUUCAAUUAACGGCUAGCGUCCAAAAGCCGCCGAAAUAAUAACUUAUCAGUCAUCUUCGUGACACCUCCUUUUACUUAUCGGGCAACUUUAUCGAUUCUUCACAACGUUCUUUUACUCUUUGUCUUAAUUGUGUUUACCAGCAACUGAAUAUUAUAAUUAUUGAUGGCUCCGUGUCACCACCAGUGAAUCUAAAGUCGUGUACUUUGUUUCUUUUUUUUUUGCGUUUAAGCAUCAACCUACCCUCAACAAUUGGCUCCCCGGCUUGGAUCUUAACCGGAUUAACUUUAAGAUUAAAUAAUUCGAUUCUAUCUAAUGUGCUACUACACAUUUACUACCACGACUUUUUAAGAUUAACGUUCAGAAACAUUUUGUCUUCAAAAUGAUCCUAAUAUAUUCGAGCAUAUUUAAGGACAACGUUCUUGUCAGUAAGUUCGGGAACACAAUUCUCAAUUCACAUCG